AAGAAAAUAUUUACAUUUCCUGAAAAAACCCCCAGAUAAAUUAUAUGUAUUGCAUUGCUUUGUACACGUAUUGUUCUGUCUUCACUCUUCACUUAUGCGAACAAGUAACUUUAUACUUGGAAAGUUUUUUUUGUUGUUCAUAAAUGCAGACUUUUAAAACUUAAUCCAAAUUUAUGUCAAUGGAAACAUUUUCUAAGUUGAUUUUGGUUCAAAGUAAAUCUGCUCAACAACUUUGUAGUUUGAUUAAUAACAUUGAUUUGUGGUAAACCUCCGUAUUCGGUUCUGUGUAACAUUAUUCUAAAUUAAUUUUGAAUAUAUGCAACUCUGUAAAAUUUGAAACUUUGUAUUAAUAUUGUUGCCUUGUUUUGUUUGUAAACUGAUGUAAAAGUACAUGAAGGUUUUGAAAAAAGCUUUUUGAACAAUUUAUUAUGGAGGAACCCAUUUUAUGUACUUAGUUUCCUGUCGGAUGCUAAUCGCAGGCGCACUCCGUCAAGCUGAAAACAAACUCCGCAAAUGCCCCCCUGGAGCAAACUGACUCCCUGGAUCGAGAAUCUGAUCCUUAGCUACGGGAGCGGGGAUGAGUCGGGCAGCCAGCUGAGGGCUCAUGUCAUCGGGGUGGGUCAGAUGACCCAGUCCCAGGCUCGGGGCUCCGAUGGCCCGACGGGGCUGCUCUUCCUGUCAGACGGAGAGCUCAAGAUCCCGGCUGUGCUCACCGCCUCCGGCUGGGAGCAGCUCCAGGAGAAGGAGGACCGGGAGUGCUUCAGCAGCCUCCUGAACACCACCGUGUGUCUGCAGGACUACCGGCUCCGGUUCCACAUGGACCCAGAACAGACCAAGAGCCGGUUCUUCCUGUCAGUGGGGGAGCUGGCCACCACCGCGGCGGGUCCGGUUAAAGACAACACGCCCUGCUGCACCAGCUCGGCCGCGGUCCGGAUGAAGAUCUGCAGAACCUGGAGGUCCCUUCUUGGUCAGGAGGACUCCCAGCGGAGCCAGGCCGGACUGGACCUGUCCGAACUGCUAGGAGAGUGGCAGCACGACUGCCUGCAGACGCUGCUGCGGGACAUCCGGGAGAGACUGCUGGCUCUGAGGAACCCCCGACCCUCCACCUCUACUCACACCCCGCCUCCGAGCUGCACCAGGUGGGACCUGGACCGGGUCAGGUACAAGGGGGAACCGAGCUUCAGCGUCCCGGCGAAGCUGCUUCUCAUUCCGGAUGAGAGCAGGGAACAAGCUUGCCCUGUGGAGGAUGUGGCGUGGCAGAUAACCGAUCCCGCAGGUGGCGAUCCAGUUCAGAAUGCGGGAGAUGCGGGGAAUGCAGGUGAGCAUUCCCCUCCUUUGAUGGAGGACGUCGCUCCUUUCCCGGACCCAACCGCCCUGCUUUCCACCAACCCCUGGGACAUGUUCCCCCCUCUGGGAAUCAGCCCUUCCACCUCCGACUCGUCCCCGGAGUCCACUCCGAAACUGGACUCUGUUGCCGUGGUAACCAGCACCCGGCUUCCGGUUGCCAGCACCGAGCUUCCGGUUCCCAGCCUCCUCCCUCCUUAUCAAAACCAACCCGCCGCCAGCUUCCCACCGAGCUCUUCAUCAGCCACCGUGAGUCUACCAGAACCUCCUGCCUCAGACGGAACCGACACCGUUCCGGGAAGCUACAGGAAGCCCAAGAGGAAGCGAUGCGAAGCGGAACAAGAAGAGGAGGAAGAAGUCAGUGGGAGUCCGCCAUCUUGGCUCUUUGACUCCCAGAUUGGAUUUUCCAGAAACGAGGACAGUCCAAAACAGACCGGACCCCCCCCGAAAAUGACCCGAGGCACUCAUGGCGACGGAAGACCGUUCUCCUACAAAUACAGAGUGUCGGGUCAGAACCUCCAGGACUUCAGCCAGUUCCGAGUGGCUGCGUCUCUGCUACACUGGGCUCUGCGGUAUCUGUUGACUCCGAAACCAACAGAAGAUCCACAGAGCGUCGACUGAUUGGACUUGCGUUGCCAUGUUUAUUUCCCAAAAAGUCCAAUAUUCAUAGAAGGACACACCUGGUUCCAUGUUUUGUAUGGAGCGCCGUUUGUAAGAUUACAUAAAAAAAUAACAGC